GUCGCGUCGACGCUUUAAAAACGUGUCGCUGAUAGCCGCAGUUUCCUGUGGUGUACUAUCGUAGUUUUAUAAGCAUAAUUUUGUUAUUACAUAAUGCAGAAUUACUCUCAAGGAUGAUUGAUUAUGGUAGGGUCUGCAGCCACCUACGAUUGCGCAUCUGGAUUUGGUCGAGCCGCUACCACUAGCUAGCGGACAGGCUAGCAGAGAAGGAUGUUGUAGUGCUGUCCUCUGCAGUGCACAAAAUUGAGUGUCGACUGGAUAAUUUAGCUAGCUGUCAGUUUGCAGCCCUCACCAGUUAGCUCGUGUAGUAGCUGACGCUUAAAAGGGCCACCGAAGAUGUAAACCACCAUGCGAACAAAGAGACGGGAAAUGGCAGUGCCUUUGAUGGUCUCCCCCCUCCCUGUCUCCUUCAUCCUGGUGGUUCUGCUGUUGGCCAGGUCGCCUGUGUGCCAGGCGGGGGACUGCAAGGGCCACAGGCAGGUUUUGAGGGGACCACCUGGCUAUGUCACAGAUGGAGCAGGAAACUACUCUGUCAAUGGAAACUGCGAGUGGCUAAUCAAAGCUCCCAGCAGCAGUCACCGCAUUGUCUUGAAUUUCACCUUCAUGGACACAGAGUGUACUUAUGACUACCUGUUUGUGUAUGAUGGGGACUCCUACCAGAGCCCCCUCCUAGCCAGUCUGAGUGGCAACACAUUGCCGCAACCCAUUGAAGCAAAGUCUGGCAAGAUGCUGCUUCAUCUCUUCAGUGAUGCUAAUUACAACCUACUGGGUUUCAAUGCAACUUACACCUUCUCUUUGUGCCCUGGAGCAUGUGGCGGUCAUGGCCGUUGUGAUUCCUCUACAUCAAAGUGCCAUUGUCAUCAGGGUUGGGGUGACCCCUCCUGUACAACCCCACUCUGCACCCAGGCUUGUUCUGUGAAUGGCCAGUGUGACAAGAAAGGAGAGCGCUGUCUGUGUAAGCCAGACUUCCUAGGUCAGAGCUGUCAGCUUGGUCUCUAUAACGAUAGUGGGGCAGGAAAGUGGUGGCUUGUGAGUGAAGGAAACCCCUACACACCUCCCAGGACAGGUUCCGCAGGCGUGUACCUCUCCACCACAAGAGCCAUGUAUCUGUUUGGCGGAUUUGAUCUCAACAGAGCUCUUGGUGACUUGAUCAAAUACAAUUUCACAUCCAGCCAAUGGGAAAGCAGGUCUUAUGGUCAUUCACCUGUGGCUCGUCAUUCCCACACAGCAGUAGAGUAUAUGGGUAAAAUGGUUAUCUUUGGUGGAGAGCUAGCCAACGGCUCCCUGGCCAAUGAUGUGUGGAUGUACCGGCCUCACAAUGAUGACUGGCAACAGCUUGGUCUUUCCACUUCACAUGGUGCUCCUAAAUUGGCUAAUCAUGCUGCAGCUGUAGUAGACAGUUAUCUCUAUGUAUUUGGAGGUCGCACCGAGGAGGAUAUGUUUUCCUCAACUCUGUAUCGGUUUGGCCUGCAUGGAUCUGGACGGUGGGAGACAGUUCAGCCCACAGGUGGGAAGCCACCAGCCACCGCUGGCCACUCCAUGGUCUUCCACAGCCCAUCAAGGACACUACUUGUCUAUGGGGGCCACAGGCCUACCACUGCCAGAUUUAGUGUCAGGGUCAACAACACGGAUGUGUUUCAUGUGGACCGGCGAUUUUGGACAUCUUUCCGUUCACGUUUCCCAACAACUGGCCCGAGAGAGCGAGCUUUCCACUCAGCCACAGUCAUUGGAAACUACAUGGUUGUGUACGGAGGAAAUGUGCACAUUCAUUAUCAAGAGGAAAAAUGCUAUGAUGAGGAGAUCUUUUUCUACCAUCUGGGCUGUCACCAGUGGGUCUCUGCAAGGGAGCGACUCAGUGGUGAUACUGUGAGGGGGCGUUACUCACAUGUUGCUGCAGUAAUGGAGGGACGAGUGUUGCUGGUUGCUGGAGGCUACAGCGGUGUUGCGCGUGGAGACCUUGUGGCUUACAAAGUACCACUUUUUGUCAGUAGUGACCAAGGUGACAGGGACGCUGUUUGCGCUGAGGCAGUAGAUGAAAGUAUGUGCCUUAAGAACCCAGAGUGCAGCUGGUGUGAAGGCCGCUGUCGAGAGUACCAACCCACUAACCCGUGUGGGAGUACUGGUUGCUUGGGCCUGGCUCGCUUCCUGUCUGAUUGCCAGUCCUGUCUGGUGUUCAGUGGAACUCCAGCUUCUCUGGCCCGCGCCCCUGGUGAAUUUGGCUGGUGUGUUCAGAAUGAGUCCUGCCUACCAGUGUCAGAGCGAAGUGCGUGCCGUGUGGACCAGAUCUCAGGGGCGUACGGCUGGUGGGGGGAGCGUACCCUUUUCCUAACCUCCCUCCACUCCUGUCGCACCGAGAACUAUGUCCCGGGACUGCACCUGCUCACCUUCCAGCACCCCCGCAACGACUCCCAGCCUGACAAGGUGUCCAUUCUCCGUAGCACCACCAUCAUCCUUAGCCCCACCACAGAAAUGGACGUCGCCCUACAGUUCAGGGGCUUCAUCCACCCAUUGUGGGGGGGACCUCCGCCUGCACCCCCUCCUAUAGAGACUGUCUCCAUGUGGGCUCGCAUUCAGAGGCUUCACUUUGAGGCUCGAAUGGCCACAGGACCCAACUCCAGCCAGAUGGAGGUGGUGGGUCGCUGGGCAGCUCAGCAGCUAAAGCUGCUGGCUCGACCAGAUGGGAGCCGACUUUUCUCUAACCUGACCAGGGGCAACCAUUACCUUGUUCAGGCUGAGGGCUACCUUUACAGCUCGGGUUCAGGACAGACCAGUGAGAUGGCCUUGAUCUGGAAUAGGACAUUGCCUGGAGGGAGUGAGAUCUCCUUCCUGUUCUUGGAGCCAUACCGCUCAGGUUCCUGCUCAGGGUACAUGUCCUGUCUGGCGUGUCUAUCUGACCAGUCUUGUGGCUGGUGCCCAUCUUUGUCCCGCUGUCUGCUGCGUGACAGCCCAGACCUUGCACCUUGCCCUGAGGGGGAGAAUAGUGAAGGGAAGGUAGAAGGUCAGCGCCAUCUGCUGUUGGCACCCCAGCAUUGCACCUUGUGUGAAGAGUAUAGAGACUGCUCUGCAUGUACUCAGGACCCUUAUUGUGAGUGGCAGAUAAACUCCAGCAAGAAAGGCGACUAUCAGUGCAGUCGACGGGGAAGAGUAGAUGGAUCCAUACGUGACCCAAAGGGCUGUCCUAAAGUCUGCAACCAGAGAAAGACGUGUGGUGAGUGCCUCUCUAACUCGAGCCAGUGUGCAUGGUGUGAGUCAGCUCAGGCCUGCUUCUAUUUUGCUGCCUACCUCACAAAGUACCCCUAUGGAGAGUGCAGGGACUGGUACGACAGCGUUCACUCAGUUCCCCAGUGUAAGCAGUGCUCAGCUUUAAACACAUGUACAGAGUGCCUGAGGACUUUCCAGUGUGGCUGGUGUGGUGACUACAAUAAUCCCACAAUUGGAAAAUGCUUGAGAGGAGACUGGGCAGGAAUGGAUGAUCCAUCUGUGUAUAACUGUAGUGUAGCUGUGGCUGAAGCACGGGCUGCAAAUCCUGAGCCCCAGACUUCAGCCCCACCUCGACCCCUAGAAAUGGAGAUGGAGUUGGAGCACUUGAAUGACGAAGAACAAGAUGCAAUCUGGGCCUAUCCUACUUGUCCCGAUGUAGAGGAAUGCAGGCUGGGCCUCCACAACUGUCACCUCUUUGCCACCUGCAUCAUCACUCCCACUUCAUACGAGUGCCAUUGUGAGAGAGGAUACACAGGGGAUGGCACACUGCACUGCAACCAAACCUGUUACAAUGAGUGUCGUGAGGGUCAAUGUAGCGGCAGCCCACGGUUUGAGUGUGAAUGUUCUCUAGGCUGGACAUCUGACCCCGCUACUCUGGUUCUAAGUGGCGUUGAAUGUGAUGUUGACUGUGGCUGCAACUUUCACUCCACCUGUAUUACUGCUCCAGGGAUCUGUGAUGAAUGCCAAGACUGGACUACAGGACCACACUGUGAGCACUGCCGUCCAGGUAGCUUUGGCUCAGCCCUGGCUGGUGGCGGCGGUUGCGUUCCUUGUGAGUGUAACGGACACGGUGACCCUCUGCAAGGAUACUGUCACAACCAAACAGGCCAGUGUUACUGCACCCACAACAGUCAGGGACCACAUUGCGAGUCCUGCCUACCUGGUUACUAUGGAGAUCCCAGGAAUAAUGGCACAUGCUAUCGUCAGUGCCAGGGCCGUUCUGUCCUACUCUCUUCCACUUCCUCCACCACCAUUCCUCUGUCCUCUUCUUUGGGAUGGCGAAGUGGCACAGAGGGGAAAGGUGGACUUUCUCAUUGCCUGUGGGUCCUCUCUGUGACUGAGAACCUGGCACCUUGUCUGCCUAAACAGUUCUGUCCCCCAGUUGCCCUCACUCUACACCCAGACUCCCAUACACACUGUAAAAGCUCGUAUGUCUAUGUGUUUGACGGCCUUCCUCGUUUUCUGGGCAAUGGAGUUGUACAUUCUGAUCACAACUUAAUUGGAGCAUUUUGUGGCACCACAAGGACUCAGCCUAUCACAGUGGAAGCCACCUCAGGUGUGAUCUCAGUCUAUUUUGAAGCCAACGUCUCUUCAGACAAACCUCAAGGCUUUAAUGCGUCUUUCUGGGUACGACGGUGCCAGCAGAGCUCUGAUGAGGGUGAAGAUGGAUCUGUAUGUCCAGGUGGAGCCCAGUGCCAAGGUGGGCUCUGCCAGUGCCCUCAGGGAUAUGGGGGACCGCAUUGUGACCGGCUGGUGUGUCCUCAAGAUUGUGGAAUAGUAGAAGGAAGAGGAACUUGUAAUAUAUCUCUGGGAGUGUGUGUGUGCUCAGAGAGCUGGGCUGGAUCAGACUGCACUAUUCCUCGAGACUUCAACAGCUUGGUGUGGGAAACCCUACUAGACACACAGAUGACUGUGAACCAGGCCCACAGGUUCCUCCACCGGAUGGGACACUCUAUGGUGUCUGGACCACAUGGCAACCUCUGGAUGUAUGGAGGGCUUUCUCUGACAGAAGGAAUUCUGGGAAAUGUCUAUAGAUAUUCUGUGUUGGAGCGUCGUUGGACCCAAAUGCUGACAAGCUCUGUGGAAGAAGGAUUGACUCCAAGCCCUCGCUACCAUCACGCCUCUGCACUGCUGAGUCAUGAGUCUGGUUCUGGAACCAGUCACAACUUUAUGUUGGUUGUAGGCGGGGUUACUCAAGAUGGUGUUGCCAUGGAUACCUGGAGUCUCAAUCUCAGCAGUUUAGUCUGGAGAGAGCACAAGAGCACAGUGCUUCCCCCAGUGGCUGGUCACACUUUAACUGUACGUCGAGACUCCUCUGUGCUGUUGAUUGGCGGUUACUCUCCAGAAAAUGGUUUCAACCACCAUUUACUGGAGUUCAGUCCUCAGUCUGGAAACUGGACCAUUGCCCCCCAUACUGGCACACCUCCAACAGGUUUAUAUGGCCACACGGCAGUCUACCAUGAACAGACUGACGCCAUCUAUGUCUUUGGAGGCUACCGCUUUCACGUGGAAAGUGUGGAGCCAUCUGGUGAGCUCUACAGUCUGUAUUACCCCAACCUCACCUGGUCUUUGCUGGCCUCUUCUCAGGGUAUUAAGCCCCUGUCCCGUUUCUUCCACGCUGCUGCAAUGAUCAAAGACACUAUGGUGAUUGUAGGUGGCAGGACAGAAGCAGAAGACUACAGUAACUCUGUCUCUCUGUACCAGAUCAACUGUAACACCUGGAUACAACCAAUUUCAGCUGUUGGAGAUCCAGUAAAUGGUUCAGUGUCUCUUGCCAUGACAAGCUGGGGCAGUCGUCUCUUCCUGUCAGGAGGCUUCAAUGGUGUCACUCUUGGCAGGCUCGUAACCCUGUCUGUGCCCUCUGACCCCUGCGCCCUUCUUCCCACACCAGAGGCCUGCAACACCACCACAGGCAGCUGUAUCUGGUGUAGGGGAACCUGUGCUUCUUCUGACACUGCUGAGAGAAUGGGUUGCUUCACUGGUCAGUCUCCCUGUUCUCCAACCCCUCGUGAACCAGAGCAGUGUCGCAGACUAAAGACAUGCAGUGAAUGCCUUGCACGACACCCUAAAACAUUUUCCAGUCCAUCACAGCCUGUUUUACAGUGUAAGUGGUGCACAAAUUGUCCAGAGGGAGCUUGUAUCAGCAGCUCUCUCAGCUGUACAGCUGUACACGACUGUCGAGUCAACCAGAGAGAGAUUUUCCUGUCCAGCAGCUGUACUGAGAUUAGCUGUGAGGCUUCUGACUGCCCCAAGUGUACAGCUUCUGGAAAAUGCAUGUGGACACGCCAGUUCAAACGCACAGGCGAGACAAGGCGCAUCUUGAGUGUGAACCCCACUUAUGACUGGACAUGUUUCAGCCUUGCUCUGCUCAACGUCUCACCCAUGCAGGUGGAGUCAUCCCCUCCUCUGCCAUGCCCUCCUCCCUGCCACAGUCUCCAUAACUGCAGCCUUUGUCUGAGCUCCAGAGGCUCUGACGGGGGCUGGCAGCACUGUGUGUGGAGCAUGGCCCUGCAGCAGUGCAUGAGCCCAUCUUUUGUGCCCCUCCGGUGUGAGGCGGGCCAGUGUGGUCGAUUGCUCUCAGGGGGGGACUCCUGCUCUCCCCAGUGCUCCCAGCUCACCCAGUGCUCCCAGUGCAUUGCCAGGCCUCAGUGUGGUUGGUGUGCCCUUCGUGGGGGCAGUGGGGCUGGACGCUGCCUACAAGGAGGACUCGAUGGCGUGAGUGAGGGUGUUUGCCCCCUGAGAAAUAGCAGUUGGUCUUUUCUCCAUUGUCCAGAAAAUGCCAAAGAUAACACAGCUUGACAGGCAUAAAAUAGUAUUUUUUGCACCAACGAGGUGAUUCCCCAAAACUAGUCAAAAACCUAGUGUAUCUCUGCAUGGUGCGCAGUGUCCUUAAAAACUGAGGAAACGAGACACGUGAAGGAGAAAAGAAUUGGCAGGCCUAAAAAAAAUACCUACAGCAGAUGAGCAGUAUCUGAAAGUUGUGUCCUUAAGAAAUAGGAAAAAUUCAAAGACCUGGUACAAAGCCUGAGAGGUGCAUCAGCUGGUCCAUCUACUAUUCAUUGAAGCCUUGUCAGAAAUGGUCUUAGAGGAAGGGUGGCUGUUAAGAAGCCAUUCCUAAGGAAAGGAAACAGGGUCAAAAGGCUGGGGUAUGCCAAAUUACACAAGAACUGGACAGAAAAUUAGUGACAAGUUUUAUGGAGUGAUGAAUCCAAAAUCAAAAUCUUUUGGUUCAAAUGGUCAUCACACUGCAAGUAUAUAUAAGACCAGGAGAGAAAUACAACAGUGAGCAUCUACAGCACAUCUGAAAUAUGUAAAUGUAAGUCAAUAAACGUGCAUAAAUUUAA